UUUAGAAGAGCAGCUGCUAGAAGGAAGAAAGUGUAGGCUAAGCUAGGGCUUUUAUUGUGCAAAGCUGAAGGAGUCCGUACAGCACAUGUAAGCGGAAUAAAUGUUUGCUGUCUGGUUUAGCAUCGUGUCAUGCCUUUGUCGUUCGUUCCGUGGCCGCAACUGGUUAUCCGGUAUUUGUAGAGUAAUUUCAAUUGCCCUGUACCUAUAGCGCCAUCUUUCUUCGAUUUAAAGACUGGCUUUCCUGUUAGACUCAUUUUUCUAGCCGGACGGUAUUGGUGACCGCACCGCGUGGAGGAGCAACAUCCGCUCUGAGCGUUCCCGCGUAUUUCUGCCGGUAGCCAGCGAUGCUGCUGAACUGAACCCCGAGUAACAACAUGGAGGCUGCGGACGGCUUCAGUAACGUGUCUAAAACGGAACUACUGAGAGGAGUCGUCGUUGAGAAACUGACUGCAGCCGCGCAGGAGAUCUUGGCGGUGGUAGAAAGAACCGUAGCCUGUUAUGAGGAAGAGGCUUCGGGAUUGAGGCAGGAGAUCGACCGGCAGAGGAGGCAACUGGAGAACCUCCUGCAACCUCGGAUCAAACUCGAGACAAUAGAUGACCAGUUUCCUGUGUGUGAGCUGGCAGUUGAAGGAGCAGCUUCACUCCCUCAAGAGGAGCAGCAACACAAAUAUGAGUCAAAUGACCAGUUUCCUGUCUGUGAGCCGGCGGCUGGGGGAGGAGCUGAACUCGUUGAAGAGGAGGAGCAGCACAAAUAUGAGAUGAGAGUGGAGGACAGCAGGAGUCUGGGCCUCAUGUGCUACACUGAGGCACAGAUGGAGGAGGAGGAGGAUCAGGAGCCGCUCACAGAACCAGAUUAUCAAGUGUUCUCAAGGUUAUUGACUCCCACAGUUGAGUCUGACAGGAGGAGCAGUGCUGGCAAACCUCGGGUCCAUGCAUUACAGGACCACAUAGACCUCAGGAUCCGCGUCCUGGAGGAUUCUCUGAUCAAAGUGGUCUCAGCUGACAUGUUCAAGAAGUACGCAAUGCAGGAGGUGAAGUGUCCUCGAGGCCUCCAGGAGGCGGACUUCCUGGACCUGCUGAGGUCCACCUUCCCUCAGCUGGCUGAUCGGAGACCUUUUGACUUCUUCACUGCUGACAAAACCAAGAGACUACAGCCCGUGAGAGUAAAGCCACUGACUCCAGAGGAGAUCGACAGACACAUCAGCUCCACGGGGCAUUCAGCCCUCUACAUCCGACUGAAGGACCUGUCGUCUGAGACCGACGCUGCUGUGCGUCGGACACAAGAGGCACUAAAGUCCACUGAACUGCUUCCUCGAUCACAGACAAACGUUGCUGCUCCUGCUUCUCCUCCACCUGCUCCCGAUCAAACCAGGUUAUCAUCGCCCAGAGUUAAGUCUGACAGGAGGAAGCCCGGCAGACCUCGGACCAGUGAACGACAGAACCACGUAGAUCUCAGGAUCCGCAUCCUGGAGGACUCGCAGCUCGGUGUGCUCUCACCCAAUGUGUUUCAGAUGUGCCCAGUGCUGGAGCUGCAGUGUCCUCGAGGCCUUCAGGAGGCGGACUUCCUGCACCUGCUGAGGUCCACCUUCCCUCAGCUGGCUGCUCGGAGACCUUUUGACUUCUUCACCAUUGACAGAACGAAGACACUGCAGCCGCUCAGAGUAGAGACACGGACACCAGAGGAGAUCCACAGGGCAGCUGGGCAUUCAGCCCUGUACAUCCGACUGAAGCCACCUGAGGAGAUCCAGACCAGAGACAAAGGACCUCUGCAGAAAAAAGAUGCUGCUACAUGUUCUCCGUCCAUAGAUCAAACCAAGCUGUACAAAAGAGUCAAGUCUGACAGGAAUAGCUUCAGCAGAACUCAGACCGGUGAGCCACAGAACCUCGUAGAUCUCAGAAUCUUCAUCCUGGAGGACUCACAGAUUGACGUGCUGUCGUGCAGUGUGUAUAAGAAGUACGCAGUGCAGGCGCUUCAGUGUCCUGGUGGCCUGCGGGAGGCAGACUUCCUGGACCUGCUGAGGUCCACCUUCCCUCAGCUGGCUGCCGGGAGACCUUUUGAUUUCUUCACUACUGACAAAACCAAGAAACUACAGCCUCUGAGAGUAAAGCCACUGACUCCAGAGGAGAUCAACAGACACAUCAGGUCCACGGGGCAUUCAGCCCUCUACAUCCGACUGAAGGCACAGGAGGAAGUCCAGAUCAGUGAGGAAGAGCUUCAUCGUGCUGAUGCUGAUAAAUAUUCUUCAUCCACUUCUGAUCAAACCAGACUGAACACGAGAGUCAAGUCUGACAGGAUUAGCUUCAGCAGACCUCAGACCGGUGAGCCACAGAACCUCGUAGAUCUCAGAAUCUUCAUCCUGGAGGACUCACAGAUUGACGUGCUGUCGUGCAGUGUGUAUAAGAAGUACGCAGUGCAGGCGCUUCAGUGUCCUGGUGGCCUGCGGGAGGCAGACUUCCUGGACCUGCUGAGGUCCACCUUCCCUCAGCUGGCUGCCGGGAGACCUUUUGAUUUCUUCACUACUGACAAAACCAAGAAACUACAGCCUCUGAGAGUAAAGCCACUGACUCCAGAGGAGAUCAACAGACACAUCAGGUCCACGGGGCAUUCAGCCCUCUACAUCCGACUGAAGGCACAGGAGGAAGUCCAGAUCAGUGAGGAAGAGCUUCAUCGUGCUGAUGCUGAUAAAUAUUCUUCAUUCACUUCUGAUCAAACCAGGCUGAACACGAGGAAGAUGGCUGAGUUGAGUGAAGAAAUCAAGGAGGUGAUCUGCAACACUUUGCCACGCAUCUCUGAGGAGACCCAGUGGCAAAUAAUAACCAAACUUCAGAGCUCUGGACUGGAGUCAAGAGAAGAUUUGAAACACGUACAGCAGGAGGACCUUGCUGGUCUGUUACCUGCCGUUCAGCUUCGAAAACUCCUGAAUGCUUUUAGAUCAGAGGUAGAGACACUUGAGUUGGAUCAAGUGAUUCCAACUUCUUCACCACAGAGUGGUGCUUCAUUUGAAUCUCCAUCGCUAUCAUCAGGUCCUGCACCUCAUCCAUCACAGCUGUCAAACACUGCAUUAUCGCCAGGCCGGGCGGGACUCGGUUAUCCCAGCAGCAGUCUGUAUGCUGUGCCAUCUCAAAUCCUGAACUCGUGGUCAGAAACAUUCCAGGUCCCUUGGCCACAGAUGCCACAGGAAAUACUCUCCGCAGUUGCGGACGGCAGGAGACCGAAACCUGUGGAGCGACGCCAGAUGGUACGAGUACUCGUAGACGAAAUGAGGAAGUUUGAGACUAACCCCAGUCGCUCAGAGUGCCUCACUGUGGUUCGAAAUAUCAUCAGGCAGUAUCCAAAGAGUUUUGCUGAUAUAACACCAAACGGGUCACUUUUGGGUCGAGGUUAUAUGUCACUUUUAAUUCAAGUGAAAAACCGCGUUGACAAUGUGAACCGUGGAUCAAGAGGCCGCCGAGCCUUUAGAUCCGGUUCUACCUUCAAGAGGGGGCAAAGUGACACUUACGGAUGCACAAGACUCCAGCCAGAGCUCCCUCCAGAAGAAACUGAUGAGACUAUGGAGCAGAGCCGCCAGACACUGGAGGAGAUCUACAAACAGGAGGGUGCAGGUGGAGCUGUAAGAGCAGAUGUCAAAGACCUGAUGAAGCUCACAUUCUGUCUACAACGUCACCACAUAAACGUACUUCCACCACCCAGCGUUGCAGACCUGAAGAGCAAGUGGCCUUUUCUGUUCACUCAGAGGUACAUUUUUGCUCAUUUUGAGUCGCUCACAGACAUCAGUGUGCUUCGUAGCUUUGAAGUCGCCAUGGAGGAAUGUGGGAGAGCCAUCACAGAGUACUUCAGGUGGAAACCUUCAAACAAAGAUGUCAUGGAUGUCCUCUCAAAUCGCAAAGAUAAGGAGAUGGCGCUCCAUAUUGUUCAGCUGCUUAUGGCACACUUUGGAGAGAACCUGUCAGGACUGGUCCUUAUAAUAGAUGAAUCUGCCACCGCAGCUGAUGUUGAGACAACCUUCACUCUACCUGCAAGCCCUCGCCUCAUCCUGCUUGUGACAGGAAGAACGGGCCAAGUCUCCAUUGGACGCUGGAUGAUCACCCUCGAGGGACGUGUCAUAUCUGAGGGCAUCACACCAACCUUUUUGACGGGACUCGCUGCCGUAUUUGCAAUCUACUAUAUAUUCAAUCUUCAUUAUCAAGACGAGGCAGCCCGUACUCUGGAAUUCAUUCAGAGGCGCUUCAUUGAUAUAAAUCCAGAGAGAAGAACAAAGGCCAUCCGAGGAAAGCUUGUCUCCAAGAAGGCGGGUGUGAUUGUCCAGAAGAAGUCCACCGCAGUCAAUGCACGCGUCUCAACGCUACUGAAGAACCUCACUGACUUUGAAUGGGACUGCGUGCAGGUCAGCGAGCUCUCGUCCAUGUGUCGUCCUGACAGACUGAUGCUGAGCCACAAGGGAGUCUGUGGGGAAUAAUGUGUUUUGGAUCACUGCGAUCCGCACGUCACCACCUCUGGGAGGUCAAACACUCACUUCCUCUGGAUUAGCAUCCUCAGUGUUCAGCCCGGUUGCCUGAUUCGAGGUCAACUUGUGUAAGAUAAAGGACUGCAAACCAAAAUUUGGAAGGUGUUACAACAUACGUUUCAGGUGUUAUUAUGUAAGGCAGUCUUUGUCUCGUUUCUAUGGUCAUCUUACAGUUUUUAUUUUUGUCUUUUACGUUAGCAGUGUUCAUAUUCACUCUGCCCUUUUAAAUAAAGGCUUGUUUGUCU